AUGACGGCCUCAGAUGUCGAAGAUGGCCACUCUCGUUCGGCCUCUCCCGACGACAGUGGAACCGAGCAAGUGCCUGAUAGUAUGGCCGAAGCGCAACCCAAGGACGACAACCCCGAGCAACCGAACGGAUCACAGUCCACUAAUCUGAAGGAUCCUUCCCGACCGAGAAGGAAGAAGGCGCGCAGGGCGUGUUACGCUUGUCAACGUGCUCACUUGACGUGUGGUGACGAGCGGCCAUGCCAGCGAUGUAUCAAACGAGGACUCCAGGACGCCUGCCAGGAUGGGGUGAGGAAGAAGGCCAAGUAUCUUCACGAUGCGCCCAAUGAGGCCCUCAUGCCGGGUGUUGGGGGAACCCUUUUCAGCCAUCCUGCCGGGAAGCGCAGUUCGACAAUGGCGACUGACACGUCGUCGCAACAGCCAUUCUUCCAGCAAUCACAAACAUUCAACAACUUCCACACGCCCUCGCAGAUGCCUCCUCCUAUGCUGCACGAGCGAAGCAUGAGCUCUACGAGUUUCGCUCAACAGUCACCCUUGAGCAACAAUUUCACAGGUGUCGCGUCGCAGGUCCCGCCGCAGGUCCCGCCGCAGGUCCCGUUGCCGAGUCCUGUCAUUAACCAAGAUCAGGCUGUUGCCAACAAUAUUAGCAACACCACCUGGCCAGGGCAACUUUUCGAUGAUCAGACCAUGUUCAAUUUCGACCUUGCGAGCAUGAACUUCGGCAACCACUACGGCGCAUUGGAGUUUGGCAUGCUUGGUCACAUGGCCACAAACGCCGGCGAAACUCCCCCCAGUGAUACUGCUACACAAAGAGGUUCCAUCGCUCAGCAGUAUCACAUGCCUCUGGGAAGCUUCAGCGAGAGCCCUACGGGUCGACAGCAAUUCUAUGGCGAUACGAUGAUGUCGGAAUGGUCCAAUGGAAAUGAUCCUUACGGCACACAAGGUCGCCAAAUGGCACCUAACGCUUUUGCAAUAGAAUCCAAUCCGACACAUUGGACCUCUCCCGAUACUAAUGGAACGCCUACCAAUGCAGCCAAGUUCGAAGACUCUCCAUUGAUGACCAGCUCCGCAAUCCAGGUCCCGCCUACUACGGUUGAUGUUGGGAUGUUACAUCAACCAUCCAACACUGUCGACAAUAGGAAUCGCCCACCUUCUCUGAUAUCUACUCCUCAGCUGAAGGCAAGAUCACAACUACCCAUCAAAACGCUGAAGCGGCCGCGGGAUCCUUCAUCCAUCUAUACUACUGUCACGAGCCCUCACCCAUACACUACUGGCUACCACCGCUGCCUAGCAUAUCUGCAGAAGCGGUUUUCCACGCAGCCGUCGAAGACCCUCACGAUUGCGAAGGCAUUAGCCUCGAUCCGACCUUCGUUUAUCGCGACCACCAAGACCUUGAAUAGGGAAGAUUUGAUUUUCAUGGAAAAGUGUUUCCAAAGGACUUUGUGGGAAUAUGAAGGGUUCAUCGAGGGCGUGGGCACUCCGACCAUUGUGGCCAGAAGAACAGGCGAGGUCGCUGCAGUUGGAAAAGAGUUCCAAAUACUCACGGGCUGGACAAAGAGUGUUCUGCUGGGGCGAGCUCCUAACCUCAAUGUAAACAGAGGACACUCUGGGCAGACGCCUGCGGGUGGCUCCGGUACCACCACGGCAAGAGCCACAGGAUUCAAUACUCCAACUCGAGGUAGUGCUCAAGAUCCAGACAGCGAUGAGAAACGGGCACAGCCGGUCUUCCUAGCCGAGCUGCUGGACGAUGAUUCAGUCGUGCAAUUCUACGAAGACUUCGCCCGACUGGCCUUUGGGGACAGCCGUGGAAGUGUCAUGGGACGAGGAAAACUCCUCAAAUAUCGCACAAAGGACGACGAGCUCGCCCAGAACCUCCACGCAGAGGCCGACGCACGACAUGAAGAAGCCAAACAGGCCAAUGGCAUGGACGUUCGCCGCCAGGAGUACUCCCUCGCUCGUCGACAGAACGAGCUGAAGAGGGAUGGCAUCUCCGGCGAAAAAGGUAUGCAGAAGCUGGGCUCUGCAGACGGUAAAGUGGAAUGCACAUAUUGCUGGACAGUCAAACGGGAUGUAUUCGACAUCCCGAUGCUUAUUGUUAUGAAUUUCCUGCCUUGUAUAUAG